UGCUAUGGAGCGAACUCACUCAUCUUAAGAUAUAGGUUCAAAUGUUCAUUGGCCAUUCUGGUUAUGUGAAUGGGAAAGAAUUUCGGCUUAACGAAGGGGGCGGACGUGGGUCUGGCAAAAUGCGUUUGGGAAUAUACUGCACUUUGGAUUGAAGUCGAUUGCUGUACCUAUAUCGUCCAGUUUUAUCUCAUGCGGAUUUCGACUCGUUAUUUUUGCUCAACGAUCUUUCGUCUCUUUCAGCGUUCUCGCUCAAAAUUAAUGGCAUAGUGCGGCUCUCGACAAACAAUAUGCAUUUGUUUUUUAUUUUUAUUUUGGCAACUUUCGUGGUCUGUAAAACAUCGCCCUCUCGGAACGUUUUUACGAAUCACUGGGCUGUGCGAAUCACAGGGGGACGCGAGGAGGCAGAUAAACUUGCCUCGAAAUAUGGCUUUACAAAUUUGGGCCAGAUUGGUGGUCUGGACGACCAUUAUCAUUUUCAUCACAGCCGGGUGGUCAGAAGAUCAACCUUUGUCACCAAAGGAACCCACAGUUUUAUCCACCUGGACCCAAAGGUCCACUGGAUUCAGCAGCAAGUCGUUAAGUCCAGAGUAAAGCGCUAUGCCAGAAAUGACCUGAAUUUUGUCUACUUCAAUGACCCUAAGUGGUCCAACAUGUGGUAUAUUCACUGUAAUGAUAAAAACAGCCGCUGUCGCUCAGAGAUGAACAUUCUGGCAGCCUGGCAGAGAGGUUACACAGGUAGAAAUGUGGUCGUCACCAUCCUGGAUGAUGGCAUUGAAAGGAACCAUCCAGAUCUAGCGCAGAACUACGACCAGCUCGCAAGCUAUGAUGUCAAUGGGAAUGACUAUGACCCUACCCCACGCUAUGACUCGAGCAACGAAAACAAGCAUGGGACUCGGUGUGCAGGGGAAGUGGCAGCCGUGGCCAAUAACUCACACUGCAUUGUUGGUGUUGCCUACAACGCCCGCAUUGGAGGCAUCCGGAUGUUGGAUGGAGACGUGACAGAUGUGGUGGAGGCGAAGUCUCUUGGCAUCAGACCUGACUACAUUGACAUUUACAGUGCCAGCUGGGGCCCUGAUGACGAUGGGAAGACAGUGGACGGCCCAGGCCCUCUGGCUAAGCAGGCCUUUGAAAUGGGCAUUAAAAAGGGAAGGAAAGGCUUGGGCUCCAUUUUCGUGUGGGCAUCUGGCAAUGGGGGUCGUCAAGGAGACCACUGCUCUUGCGAUGGCUACACUAACAGCAUAUACACUAUUUCCGUCAGCAGUAGCACAGAGAACGGAAACAAACCGUGGUACCUGGAGGUGUGCUCUUCCACUCUCGCCACCACCUACAGCAGUGGAGAGUUCUACGACAGGAAAAUAGUGACCACAGACCUGCGCCAACGCUGCACUGAUGGGCACACUGGGACUUCUGUUUCUGCCCCUAUGGUGGCUGGGGUCAUCGCUCUUGCCCUGGAAGCCAAUCCGUUGAUAACCUGGAGGGAUGUUCAGCAUCUCUUGGUGAAAACAUCCAGACCAGUACAUCUAAAGGCCAAUGACUGGAAGACCAAUGCAGCCGGUCACAGGGUCAGUCAUCUUUAUGGCUUUGGCCUGGUGGAUGCAGAGGCCAUGGUAGUAGAGGCCAAGAAAUGGAAAAAUGUUCCACCCCAACAUACCUGCACCAAGAUGUCAGACCGCAGAACCAGGUACAUCCGUGCAGACCAGAAGCUGAAUGCCACCAUCACAAGCACAGGCUGCGGUGAGAAGGCGGACCAGCAUGUGGUGUAUUUGGAGCAUGUGGUGGUUCGAGUUCUCAUCGUACACCCUCGGCGAGGAGACCUCGAGAUCAGCCUCAUCUCCCCCUCAGGAACAAGAUCCCAGCUACUGGCCAGGAGGUUGUUUGAUAACUCCAACCAGGGCUUCAGGAACUGGGAGUUCAUGACUGUGCACUGCUGGGGGGAGAAAGCAGAGGGGCAGUGGACUCUGGAGAUUUCUGACUCCCCCUCACAACUCCGGAACCCUGAGGUUCUUGGUAAGCUGAAAGAGUGGACUCUGAUUCUGUACGGCACAUCCCAGCACCCAUACCACUCCCAUGGCUCUCAACAUUCCCGCUCCAGGAUGCUGGAGAUUCCAGACCCCAGCCCCACCCAGGACCUGAGGAGCCCAGAGCCCUCUCAAGGCCCACCAGAACACGAAGAGGAGGAAGAGGAGGAGUACAAUGGGACAUGUGACAGUGAGUGUGGGGACCAAGGCUGUGACGGACCUGAUGCUGACCACUGCCUCAACUGCAUCCACUUCAGUCUGGGCAACCUGAAGACUGGCAGGACUUGUGUGAGUCAUUGUCCACUGGGUUACUUUGAAGACACAGAGGCUCGAAGGUGCAGGCGCUGUCACAGGGGCUGUGAGCGUUGCGUGGGUCGGAAUUCCAAUGAGUGCCUGUCCUGUAGGAGGGGACUCUUCUUUUACGUGGAAGACAACGCCUGUGUGGAGGCCUGUCCCGCCGGCUACUUUGCGGACGAUGGUCAGAGACGUUGUAUGAAAUGCCAUGAGAACUGCCUGACGUGUGUGCGUGACUCAGACAGGUGCACUGCGUGUAAUGAUGGUUUCAGGCUGGCUGGAAUGACCUGUGUGCCAGAGUGUGGAAAUGGAACCUUCUUUAACCUUGAGGAAAUGAAAUGCAGUCCAUGCCACAUGUCAUGUUCCACCUGCACAGGGCCUAGGAUGGAAGAAUGCCUUCAGUGUGCCCAAGACUUCCUCCAGCAGGAUUGGCGCUGUGUCCAAACAUGUUCCCCAGGCUACUAUGAGGGCGAGGCUGCUGGAUACCCCCAGAGGAUUUGCCGCAAAUGUGAAGACAACUGUUUAAGGUGCCAAGGACCAGGGGCAAGCUGCACGCAGUGUAAAGAUGGAUACAACUUAGUAAGCAGGACAUGCAUUUUAAAUGCCACCUGUAACAAUGCUGAUGAAGUGUUCUGUGAGAUGGUGAAGUCAAACCGACUGUGCGAGAAGAAAUUGUUUCGUCAGUUCUGCUGCAAAACGUGUCUGAUGGCUGGAUGAGGGGUGACAGAUGUGCGUGAAGAGAGAGUCUCUCGGAUAGACUGCCUCCACAGACUCCUCAUGUGAUGUACAUUUUAAACAAGUUAUCUGUGAUUUUAAAUAAAAUAAAGCAAAACUAUCCUUCAUUUUAUUAAACCUUAUAAGGGUAAGAUUUGUUUUUCAUAAGCUAUAUUUUUAAGGUUGUCUGUUUUAUAGAGGUCAUACGAUACAUGUACAAAUAGUUCAUUUUUUUUAUUCAAAGAAUGCAUCAUUAUAAAAGUGUGCUAUCUAUUAUUGCCUAUUAUAGGUGUAAUCUGAACCUCAGUUUUCAGAGAUAAUUCAUUGAUGUGAUUACUAGCAAAAAUAGUAUAAUGGACAAACAUUUAAAGUCAUCCUUUUCGUACUUCACCAAGUCAUUGCAAAUUUCUGAAAGUAGAAUUUUGUAUGUGACCAAUCAUUUCUCCCCUGAAACAGUCAGUUAAAAAACAAUAAGACAUGCCAUGUUAAUUAUCUACAUUUUAGAGAAUGUAUGUGAUGUAUGUGGUCCCUGUGCAGCCUCAAGAUGGCAAAAUAAAUCUAGCAGUGGUCAUUG